AUGACCGAGGAGGAGGAAGUAUCGGUCGCCGUCAGCCAGCAUGAUGGCUCCAGUGGUGAUGAGGCCAGAGACAAUGCCUCGACCUCCUCUGCGGGCGGGUCCAAGAAGCGUAAGCGCGGCAGAUAUCAAAAGACCUCAUGCGAGCUGUGCAAAGCUCGAAAGGUCAAAUGUGACCGGGCGGAGCCUGCAUGCUCCUGGUGCGCCCGCCACAAUCGUGCCUGCGUCUAUCUUGAAAGGCAGAAGCCUGGCAGCCGUAUAGGUUUCAGCCUCGAGCUCGAAGCCAAAGUCAACAGGAUCGAUGCGCUGUUGCACACCCUGGGUCGCCGGGUGGAGGAGCACAUCGCCGACGGCCACGCAGCACCUCCACAGACGCUCUCCCCUGCCAUCAGCACUCACGCGCAGUCUCACAUUGAUCCGUACGCGAAGGAAAGAAAUAGGAGCAGCCCUGCCAGCGGCGCUCCUCGGAGCACGCCAUCAGUAGCUGGCGGACCGCCGUCCGCGCUUCCCGGCCAAGGUUGGGAUGAAGGCGACCAACGUCAGGGGCGAAUGUCGGUCCAGGGCAUGAAUGUCGACUACACCAAUGCCACCCUUCUUCCCCAAAGGCUCCGCCGAGGGCCAUCAGCACUGUCUGCUGGUACAGACUUGCCGCCUCAGGAUAUUGUAUACACGCUGGUCGAUUUGUACUUCAAGCACUGCAACACUUGGUCUCCCAUCCUCGACCGCAAAACAACGUUUUCCAUCUUUUUCGGUUCGACGUCGCUGAGCGAAGCCGACCGCGUUCUACUGCAUGCCAUUGUGGCAACGACGCUACGAUUUCUGAAAGAUCCUCGAUUCUCCCCCGAGAUGCGCGCUCACUACCACGAAACCUCUCGACAGAUCGUGCAAAUGUACGCCAUGGAGCAUGUCAGUGUGGAGGCUCUGCGUGCCCUCGUUAUUGUUUGCCUGGACGAGCUUGGCACUUCCAACGGGCCGCGUGGGUGGAAUUUGCUGUCUUUGCUGGCGCAGAAUGCUCGACAGCUCAGUCUCUGUGAGGAGAGCAGCGUCUAUCUUUCCGUCGAGACCAGCGACGACGCCCCCAUGACGGGCUCCAUCAGGCGUAUUGCCAUCGAUAGGCCGCAGUCCUGGAUUGAAGACGAGGGCCGCAGGCGGCUUGCGUGGAUGGUCUAUCUCCUCGAUCGAUACGCGACAAUUGCUACAACGACAUUCGAUUUCAUGCUAGACGACAACAAGAUGAAGCGGGUGUUGCCGUGUUCUUACGAUCUCUUCUCUCGCGAUAUUCCCGUUGAAACACGUUCUUGGGGCUCGAGUCCCGAUCAGCACGGCGCCGCUGGUCUUGUUGUGAAUAAGCCCGACAAUUUGGGCAGUUUCUCAUAUCACUGCGAGAUUCUUCGAAUCUUGAGCAAGGUUCAUGACUUUCUCAAGACACCGUUGGAUAUCACAUCUUCUUCCGAAAUGGCGGCUUGGCGAAACACGUAUCGAUCGUUGGAUGCUUCGCUCGAUUCCUGGCUGCGAGGGCUGCCUGGCGACUAUAGCAAGAUUUCCGCCCUGUGCCACUCGGAUCCCGCCAGCCGAGUUGCCAACUGGUUCAUGCUGCACAGCGCCUACGUCACCGCCGUUGUGCGCCUUCACUCUUCGGCAGCCUAUCCGACGGUGCGAUCCCAUCUAUUUGUACCCUCGCACUACGCCAUGCAGCGCUGCCUGUCAGCUGUGCAGAGCUUGGGUGACAUUGCACAAGACGUGUACGAAGCCAGUGGCUUAGAUCACCUUGGUCCGCCAUUCAUCUUUUCUCUUUGGGUCGCAGCUCGCCUGCUCCUCGUCCACGCCGCGACAAUUGGCUGCCCAGUUGACCCUCGCAUCGAAUUCUUCAUUGAAAUUCUGGGGCACGUCGGGCAGUACUGGGAGGUGGCCGACAACUAUGCCAAGGUCCUCGCUCGUGCUGUUCAACGUGGCAGACAAGGCCACAUGAGUUUCAAUGCCAUGCGACAGAGCGCACAUGGUCUCGUAACUCUGACGGCAUCUACCCGACAGACUGGCAUCGAGCCUACCUCGACCCAAAUCACCUCGCUGAGCGAGCUGGACAACAUAGACAUCUUUGACUUUUUCAACUAUCCCAAAAUAUCUGAACCUGCGGUGCGGGCGCUGAGUGGCCAAUCACAGCUGCAAAACACAACAGACGGCGAGACGGCGAGGCUGCCGGACCCAGAGUCUGACUGGCUCGGAUUUAUGCCCCAGGGCACCUAG